ACAUACAUUUAUUUGGUAAAGCAGGUUAAGUUAAUACAAUCGCAGCAAAAAGCUGAUGCGGACUGCCUUUGUUUUUUAACUCAGUGAGUUUAAUAUGAGUGGAAAUAAAGCACAAAUGAAUGCCAUGAAAGGAUAAUGUGUUGAGUAUGUUAUAUCCUGCCAGACCAUCCGAGUGAUCAGGCGCAUCCAUUAUCGAUCUUUAAAAGCGUUUAGCUUUGAGAACUCCUACAAGCCGCCGCCAACCUGUCUGUCGUCAUUAUGCACUUGUGUGACAACAUGCCACUUAAUGCAAAAUUCAUAUAUCAACAGUAACCCCCAAAAAUGAAUUGCUCUUAACUUAUACUCUCAAUUAUGCAUGCAUUAGCACGCGUGCCCGUUAACCGUCGAAGGUGUGCUUUUCAUGGAUAGUCAUUGUUAAUUUCUUAUUGUUCUCGAUUUGGCUUUAAACCUAGUCAUGACCUCAAGGGCUUUCAGUUGGCGUCGAAGGUUGUCUCACUGUGAGUUGCUUCUGUUAUCCUGAGACAUUUUGUUUCUGUUUGUUAGGCCGUUUUUUAACUCUCUGUCCCUCACUUGCACAAUAAGGCUAAUCGUAAAACCUAUCUUUUGAAAAUGAGUUUUAUUAGCAUGAUAGAGAUAUUUUUUCUCAUUAAAGUCUUUGUGUUUUAAAUACUCUUUUUUUAAGCAGAGGUUUCAGGCUUCCCUGAAAUUGCCUUUUGACUUAUGAGUGUAAAAUUCUUAAUUGAAGGUUCUGUUUCCUGGGAAACGCACGCCAUUCGGACAUUUUUCAUAAAGACAUGUACCACUCUAUAAUUCGGUAUGAUUUUCAAGGCCUCGAGAGUGGGGAAUCACCAAAGAUGGCGGCCGCUGCGAACCUUCUUGUUGGUCGUUUAGCCUUAGUUACUGGUGGUGGUAGUGGCAUUGGUCGAGCAGUUUGCCAAGCUUUAGCCGCAGAAGGAGCAAGUAUUGUUGUUACAGAUCUAAACAGUCAAGGAGCACAGGACACUACCGACAACCUUUCAAAACAUGCAGACAACAAACACAUGAACUACUCUUUGGAUGUUUCAAGCGGAGAGGAGGUACAAAAAGUGCUUGAGUGCAUCGUCAGUGAGUUUAAGAAGCCGCCGUGUAUCUUAGUCAACUCAGCUGGGAUCACAAAAGAUGAAUUCUUGAUAAAGAUGGAUGAAAAAAAGUUUGACAAAGUUAUUGAAGUGAAUCUCAAGGGAACAUUUCUUGUCACACAAGCAGUAGCUAAACUAAUGGUCAGUCAAAGAGUUAUGAAUGGAUCAAUUGUAAAUCUUGCCAGCAUAUCAGGAAAGAUGGGAAAUCUUGGUCAAGUAAACUAUGCUGCUUCCAAAGCUGGCGUUGAAGGUUUGACAAGGACCUGUGCAAGGGAGCUGGCAAGAUUUGGUGUUAGAUGUAAUGCAAUUCUGCCUGGCUUCAUUAAAACCCCAAUGACAGAUGCUGUCCCGGAAAAAGUUCUUGAACAGGUAAAGAAACAGAUCCCUCUUGGGCGAUUUGGACAACCAUCAGACAUCGCUGAUGUGGUAACAUUCCUCGCUUCUGACAGAAGUAGUUACAUUACGGGAGCAAGCAUUGAAGUUGCAGGUGGCCUUGCUAUGUAAUUACAUGCAGUUUGCCGUUAGACGGCUUCUCAAGACUGGGCGUAUGACAUAAAGAUAGAUCAGUUGAAGGAAAUUUCACACUGAUAAUUUAUACUUGUAAUGCAAUUGAUAACUAUAUGAUUACAUUUAAAACUUUUAAGUUGUUACUAUGAUAAUCCUUUAUUUAAAAAAAUUGUUUUUCUGCGUGGACAGCGGGUUGAAGGGUAAAUUUUAUUCAAUAAAACGGAAUGUUGGUUUGUAAAAAGUUCCAACCAUCGAUAAGGUGGUUGGAAAAAUUGGCAGCCUACAGAGAAGAGUGGGAGAACUUAAUUAUACCUCAGACACCCGUGAACAAAGCAAUUUAUAAUGAUGAAUUUAUUUUAAUCUUUCGCGCAUCCACCUCCAUGGGUGAUAACAAUAUCAAAUUGAAGUUGAUUCUUCAAAGAUGAGUACCUUUCGAGCCUUUUUUGCACAGGUUGAUUAUGACCUGUUAACGGACCAAAAUCUGUUUACAGAGAUCAGCUUUCUUUGCAGAAAAUUCUCUUGAGUAUUUGUCGGGCUUCUCUUUGUAUAUCUCUUGUUCGCCACAAGUAAAGAAGCGGAUUAAGAGAGGAGGAUAAAAAUGCGGCCACAACCGUUACCUGAAGAACUGCGUAUAUUGUUAUGCUGAAGUCAUUCUUGGGAGGGAUUGAAAUAAUCAUAAAAAGAAUAGCCAUGGGCAAGUAACUGAAAUAAAACACAAGCAAAACCAAUAAAAUAGAAGAGACUGA